AUGCGGGGGAUGCCGCAGGAAGCCGUGGUGACGACGGCGACGACGACGACGACCAUGGACGGGGGCAAGGUGGCGGCGCUGCUGGCCAUGGCGGCCGCGCUGCUUCUGCUGCUCCCGCUGGCGCUGCCCCCGCUGCCUCCGCCGCCCACGCAGCUGCUGUUCGUCCCCGUCGUCAUGCUGCUGCUCGUGGCGUCCCUCGCCUUCCGCCCCACCGCAAGCGGCGGCGGUGGCACCAAGCUCGCCGACGCCGACGACGGGUCGUUCGGGACUACUGGGGCAACUGGAUCACCGCACCUAUGCUGA